AAUGGAUGGAUGGAUGGUUGGAUGGAUGGAUGGAUGGAUAGAGUGGGUUAAGUGGUAUCCAUAUAUUGUGUAUGUUGAUCCUCUUCAAGUCAAGGUGAAAAGUACAGUGACUCAGGGGAAGUAACAAACAUUUCGAUAAAAAGUCCAACAAAAGCCAUGAGGUAGCUGUAUAGACAAAAAAAAAACAACAACAACAACAAUUGUUAGAAAGUCCCAAAUGAAUGUGCUCUAACCCUAAACACAGCAACAUGGGACAGACUCGCAGUCACAGGCAACGGGACACUGAACCGAGAGUGAACAGAAAUGAUCAGACAAACAUAAAACUGAGCCACAAGACAAGAGUGCGACCCUGGACAAGAUGUGCAUGGCUGGAGAGAAUCGACGAGUUCACGCGAGAAGCGGAGCUGACGAGACCAAAGUGGUGCCAAUGACGUGACAGCACAAACAGGACUCAGGCAAACGUCAGGAAACAAAAUGACAUCAGAUCCGAGCACAAUUUGAAAAAAGCCCCAAAAAACACAUCAUGUGAGUGUAAGAAUGGGAAUGUGAAGACGCAAAAGUUCCACUCCAGACGUCUGCAGGAUACUGUGCUGACUUGCAAAUGGGAGUUUUCAGCAGCAAUAUGUACAAAGUGGAAGUCAAGCAACAACGAGCAGGGUCUAAGUGGACGACUCACAAGAUGAACAGAAUCAGAAGAAUUAUUUGACACUCAGCACUGCAUGUCAGCGGGUCUCAUGCAUCCUCGUGCCUGCCUUCGCGUCCUCCACGACCAUCCUCUUUGAUCUUCCUCUCGCUCCUUUCCCGGCAUCUCCAUCCUCAUCCUUCUUCCUAUAUAUUAGCUCUCCUCUGGACGUAUCAACACAACGCGGAGUGGCCGGAACUGCGGUACAGCCGGGCAGGCUCAAGACUGACUUCAGGAGUCAUCCUUUGCCGAGGGUGUCCCUCACGCCGUCCAACUUGUCUGUGUCGAGGAUCGAGACCAAGUUUCUUGGAAUUGCAGUCUCCGACCCUAACGUGAAGUGAAAGAUCAACGUCAACUCCAUCCUCAAAAAGGGCCAGCAGAGGAUCUAUUGUAUUUCCUCCAGCUUCCGAGGAACUACAGCCUUCCACGGGAGCUCUACGUAGAACUCAUCGAACGUGUACUUCUAUCGCAGUCCGGUUUGGUGCUGCUACAAAAAUGGACAAACUCUAACUGCAACGGACAAUCAAAACUGCUGAAAAGAUUGUCAGUACCCCCGCCCUGGAGGAUUUGCAGGCUUCCACAACUAAGAUAAGAAUCUCAAGGACCCUCCACACCCUGGUCACCAGCUUUUCCAGCACUUUGUCUCCAGUUGGGGCUGGCGUACAGUAAAACAAGCAGGUUCUUUGCUCUCGCCAUGAACUUUUUAAACGGGCAACUUACAACUCCGUUGCAACAUGCUGCCAACUUUGUCUCAAUAUUGUUGUCACAUAUCUGUCAGGCCGAUUAUGUGCGCUGUGUAUCUGGUACAUUACUGGCGCAGUCACUGUCGUGGUCUCACCACCUUGCUGGGCUCCUGUUACGCCCACCAGGUCUUUCCUUCCUUCAUCAUCCGUCCUUUUUUAUCUAAAAUGCAAACUUUCCGUCCCACGUGAAGAUGUGAUGUAACCCUUGAAUCCCACCAGCAGACUCUAUGUGUGUGUGCGUGCACUCCAUCUGCUCUGCGAUCGUAACAAGUUUCCUUUCUAAAAAUUUAUCUCACACCGACAAAGUCUCUCCUCCACGUGAGGUGAUGAUGAUGAUGAUGAUGAUAAAGAUGACGCUCUGACUCAUGACUGUGCGCGCGAGUGUUUGGGAUGAAUGAAUCAGGGACACUUCGUGGUCCUCCUCCUCCUCCUCUGUCGUGACAUUCAUUCAGGAGAAAGUGUGUGUGUGUGUGUGUGUGUGUGAUGUCACUGACUCACAGGGAAAUUCCUGUGUGCCGCAGGGUGGGCUCAAACGGACACCCAAGUAUAAUUAGUGUAUGUGAGGAGAGCGGCUCACAAGAGGCAGACCUGAUGUAGAAGAGACCAACGUCGCGCAACACAGAGAACAUAGAGCAAAUUGACGGCAGAGAGCGAGCUGGAUGGAAGCAGACCCCCGUGGACUGACUUAGUCUGGAGGACCUGUUGCAUUGUGGGGGAUCACCAUGACUUCCGCUUCUUUUCCCUCAGCGCUUUUCGCCCUGACCCUCAUUGUCCAUUUCUGUCCCGCCGGCUCGCUGGUCGUCCAGUCAGACGUUCCUCUGAGCCUCCGCCAAGGAGCCGAGUCCUCCAAGUGUGCGUCUUGCGCCGCGGGCCAGGUGAGGAAGAACUCUAGCGAUAUGGUGGAAGCGGUCAAGCGUCACAUCCUCAACGUGCUCCACCUGAGCGCGAGACCCAACCUGACGCAGACGCUUCCUCGCGCUGCGCUUCUCAACGCCAUCAGGAAACUGCACGUCGGCCGUGUGGCCACCGACGGCAGUGUGGACGUUCAGGCGGACGGCGCCGACCCCGAGGCCUCAGCCCAGGUCAUCGCCUUUGCCGAGCCGGGGGAGGCCGGGAACACCUUGACCUUUGACCUCUCUAAGGAAAGCAGCAGGGCGGCGCUUGUGGAGCAGGCCGACUUGUGGAUCUUCCUCAAAUCGUCUCGGGGAAGUCGGGCCAGAGGCAAAGUGAAGCUGCAGCUCCACCGAGCCGAACAGGACGCGCCGGUGUCAGAAAAGAUGGCGGACACGCGUCGCAGUGGCUGGCACACGCUGGCGGUGCGGCGCUGCCUUCAGUCCUCGCUGGACCGCGGCGACGGACCGCUGCGUCUGCGGCUUUCCUGCCCGCUGUGCGCCGGGGCCGGCGCCGCGCCCGUCCUGCCUUCUGCCGACGGCGACCGAUCCCACCGGCCCUUCCUGAUGGCGGCGCUACGAGCCACAGAGGACGUGGCUCGACGCCGGACGGCUCGGAGUUUGGAGUGCGACGGCAAAACGCGCACGUGCUGCAAGCAACAGUUUUACGUGAGCUUUAAAGACAUCGGAUGGAACGACUGGAUUAUCGCUCCGUCUGGUUACCAUGCCAACUACUGCGAGGGAGACUGUCCCAACCACGUGGCGAGCGUCGGCGGCUCGGCUCUCUCCUUCCACGCCGCUGUCAUCAACCAGUACCGCAUGAGGGGCUACGGACCCUUUCAGAACAUCAAGUCGUGUUGCGUGCCCACGCGGCUGCGCGCUAUGUCCAUGCUGUAUUUCGACCACGAGCAGAUGAUCGUCAAAAAAGACAUACCCAACAUGAUUGUGGAGCAGUGUGGGUGCUCGUGAAAAAACAUGAUACGCACGGGUCAGAUGCAGGAUUUCAUCAAAUGUUCGUCUCGAGUUUUUUUCCACAUUGGAAAGAAGAAAGUUCAUUUACAAAAAAAAAAAAAAAGAACGAGGCCAGUCAUUUCAUCGCUCGCAGAUGACGAAACUGACGUAUUAGUUGAAAGAAGUUAAAUACUGAAUGUCGGCUUGUGAGCUUCAAACGGGAACUGAGGGUGUUUAUGUGCAUGACCCCCCCCCCCACCACACCCUCCACCCACCCCACCUUCAACCGAUUGACAGGAAGUGGAUGUGCUGCUCAAAUGAAGAAGCAGGCCAGCCAAAAUUGGUCACUGUGGCAACGGGCAGUUUGUUCACUGACCUACAAACUGAGUCGAGGACUUGAUUUUAGAAAGGCAAAGAGGGCAAAACGAAGCAUUGUGGGUACUGGAGCGUGCGGCAAUAUGUAACAGCAGUCAGAUAUUCUGUGGGUGAAAAAGUUCCCGCAAAAGACGGCAUGACGUCUGUUCCAAAGUAUGUGCAGUAUGAUUUGAAUUAUUAGAUGGUCCAUCUCAACAUUAGUUUCACUUUCCUUGCAAUGCACUUUGAUUGCCCUUUUCCAGAAUGUAUGAUGCAGAAUUCAACUUUGCAAGCGUAGUAAUCUCCGAGGUUGAGCUUGUUAAGGUUUUAGGCUCAAACACUCGCAUGCUCUCAUAGUCAUUCUGUAUCAGCAAAGAACUGUUUUUCUGAAAAUUUUGCACAAGUGAAAAAAUGUUGUCUCACUGUAAUGUCACGUUCUAGUCAACUAACUUUCACUGGUGCUGUUUCACUAGUGUGAUGUGUUCUCAGUUGUGACUGAAAGUGCUGAAAUAAAUUAUAGUU